CUAUGAGAGGGAGUGUGUGUGUGUGUAUGCCAAGCCGGAGCGCAGCUCUGCCGGAUCCCUAACUGAAACUCUACCUCUCUCGAAAAAACUCACCGGUCCCAGAACGCAUCCCAAAGGAGUACACCUUUACCCCCUCGACUGGUGAAACGGCCCCCCCACAUGGAGCCAUGUGAACCCCCAUCUCCUGCUCCGAUUGGGAUCUGAUUUCAGAUUGCCUUCUUGGGGAGAAGCUCCAAGCGCUGGAUCUUUUGAAGUAAGGAGAGACUCUGAAGAUCCAGGCUAUCCCAGAGGGAGGCACUUUGCUCUGGGCACUGUGGGCUACAAGCCCCCUUGGGCUGGAGGCCAGCGCUCCAGCACCAUGGAUUACCUUGUUGGGAUUUUUCUGCUGUUGUGUGGGGUGGCGUUACCUGGAAGAGUUGCACCCCAAGACACCAAAGAGAACGUGCCCAGACUCAAGCUUUCUUACAAUGAAAUGCUGGAAUCCAGUAAUCUAGUGACUUUCACUGGUUUGGCAAACAGUUCAGGUUACGACACGUUCCUGAUGGAUGAGGAGAGAGGGAGAUUACUGGUUGGAGCGGAGGAUCACGUCUUCUCUUUUGACCUGGUCAACAUCAAUAGAGAAGUCAAACAGAUCGCCUGGCCCGCCACACCUUCCAAACGCGAUGAAUGCAAGUGGGCUGGAAAAGACCUCAGGAAAGACUGCUCAAACUUUGUGCGUGUGCUGCAGUCAUAUAACCAAACGCAUAUUUAUAUAUGUGGCACCGGAGCCUUCCAUCCUAUCUGUUCUUUCCUGGAGAUGGGCAAGCGAGCAGAGGACAACAUCUUCAGGCUGGAUGCCAGCUACUUUGAAAAUGGACGUGGGAAAAGUCCCUAUGAUCCAAAGAUGCAGUCCUCAUCCCUCCUGCUUGAUGGAGAGCUGUACUCGGGAACAUCAGCAGACUUCAUGGGACGAGACUUUGCCAUUUUCCGAACACUUGGGUCACAUCAUCCAAUCAGGACGGAGCAGCAUGAUUCCAGAUGGCUGAAUGAACCCAGGUUUCUAGGAAUACACCUGAUCCCGGAGAGCGAUAAUCCUGAAGAUGACAAGAUCUUCCUGUUCUUCAAAGAAAACGCUAUGGAUGGCGAACACACAGGCAAAGCUACUAUCUCCAGGAUAGGACAACUGUGUAAGAAUGACAUGGGUGGACACCGGAGUCUCGUGAAUAAAUGGACCACCUUCUUGAAAGCCAAGCUGACCUGCUCUGUGCCUGGUCUGAAUGGCAUAGACACUCAUUUUGAUGAGCUGCAGGAUGUGUUUCUGAUGAGCGCUAAAGACCCAAAGAAUCCAGUCAUCUACGCUGUGUUUACUACAUCCAGUAAUAUCUUCCGUGGAUCAGCUAUAUGCAUGUAUAGUAUGGCAGACAUCCGAAGGGUCUUUCUGGGUCCAUAUGCCCACAGGGAUGGGCCAAACUACCAGUGGGUUCCCUUCCAGGGCAGAGUGCCAUAUCCCCGUCCUGGCACAUGUCCCAGCAAAACGUUUGGAGGCUUCGACUCCACCAAAGAUCUCCCUGAUGAUGUCAUCACAUUUGCCCGCCUGCAUCCAGCCAUGUAUAACCCUGUGCAGCCAAUGGGUGGGAAACCCAUUGUGGUGCGCACUAACGUGGAGUACCAAUUCACUCAGCUGGUGGUGGAUCGUGUGGAAGCUGAGGACGGCCAGUACGACGUCAUGUUCAUUGGCACAGAUUUAGGGACCGUUCUGAAGGUGGUGACUAUUCCCAGGGAGAGCUGGCAUGAUCUGGAGGAAGUGGUGCUGGAAGAGAUGACUGUGUUUAGGGAGCCAACACCUAUUACUGCCAUGGAGCUCUCCACUAAACAACAACAGCUGUACCUCGGAUCAGAUUUAGGGAUUUCCCAGAUGCCCCUGCACCGCUGUGAGGUCUACGGGAAGGCCUGUGCCGAGUGCUGCCUGGCAAGAGAUCCGUAUUGUGCCUGGGAUGGGACUGAAUGCUCUCGGUAUUUUCCAACUGCUAAAAGGAGAACGAGACGUCAGGACAUUAGGAAUGGAGAUCCUCUUUCACAGUGCUCUGAUCUGCACCACAAUGAUGAUCUGGAAGGCUACAGCAGUGUGGAGGAGAGAAGUGUGUAUGGCGUCGAGAACAGCAGCAUGUUUCUGGAGUGCAGCCCAAAGUCUCAAAGAGCUCUGAUCUACUGGCAGCUACAGAAACCCAAUGAUGAGCGCAAGCAUGAGAUUGUGAUCGAUGAAAGGUUGAGUCUUACAGGCCAGGGUUUGCUAAUCCGAAGUCUAACCCAGGCGGAUUCAGGAGUGUUUCUCUGCCAUGCCGUCGAGCACGGCUUCAUCCAGCCUCUCCGGCGCAUUAAUCUCCAGGUCAUCCCAUCUCAGCGCGUGGGGGAGCUUUUGCUUCGCGCCGGCACCAACGAUAAAGAUCCCGCCCCAAAACACAAACUCUGGUAUCGGGAUUUCAUGAGCCUCCUGGAGCACCCAGACCUCAACAGCGUGGACGAGUUCUGCGAGCGCAUUUGGAAGCGAGAGAAGAAGCCGAAGGGGAAAAAAGCCCCCAAGGUAAACCCCGGAGCCGGAGUAAGCAUAAAAAACGAGAAGACUCCUCAAACUACAGCUCAGAGCUUGCAAAACCCAACACAGAGAGCUCAAAACGCUCCCAAAGUGCCAAACAACCCGAGCGUUCAGAUUUUUCCCAAGUCCACCGGAUUGCAAAGAAGUCAAAGCCCUGGAGGUACGGUAAGCACUGAGAGCCAAAGCACCAAACCGGACACACAAAAGGCUUCGGAGAGCCAAAGAGCACAGCCGAACCAAGCGAAAAAAGGCCCCCAGACUCCUCAAAGAGGACCUCCUCAUACUGCUAAGUGGAAACAACUUCAGGAGAACAAGAGAGGACGCAACCGCAGGACCCACGAACAGCAAAGACCACCACGCAGCGUGUAAAACGAAUACACACUUGUAUUAAACAUCUGCAUCAGUCACUCAUACAACAGACAAACGUGCAGUGCGGCCAUUAUCGAUAGCACAAAACUCAACAGCAACAAAACAAAAUGGUGGAAUCCUACUCAUGUCUCCUGUUCACCAGGGAAAGCACAUUCACUUUGUUGUUGUGAUGUGACAGCAAAGACCUUUUACACUAUUAGUG